UCCUGCUGGCCCAGCCGGCGGCGGCCAUGGCGGCCGUGCUGUCCCCGCGCCUCUGCGACAGCGACCCGGCCACGCCCGGCGCGCAGUCCCUCAAGGAUGACACAGAAGAAAAUUCCAAUGAUGGCAGCCAGCCAUCCAAAAGACGGCGGAUGGGCUCAGGGGACAGUUCUCGGAGCUGUGAAACUUCCAGUCAAGACCUUGGGUAUAGUUAUUUUCCUGCUGAAAAUUUGAUAGAAUACAAAUGGCCGCCUGAUGAAACAGGAGAAUACUAUAUGCUUCAGGAGCAAGUCAGUGAAUAUUUGGGUGUGACUUCCUUUAAAAGAAAAUAUCCAGAUUUAGAAAGGCGAGAUUUAUCUCACAAGGAGAAACUCUACCUCAGAGAACUAAAUGUUAUCACAGAGACUCAAUGCACACUAGGUCUAACAGCUUUGCGUAGUGAUGAAGUAAUUGAUCUUAUGAUUAAAGAAUACCCUGCCAAACAUGCUGAGUAUUCUGUUAUACUGCAAGAAAAAGAACGGCAGCGAAUAACAGAUCAUUACAAAGAGUAUUCUCAAAUGCAGCAACAGAACACACAGAAAGUAGAAGCCAGUAAAGUUCCAGAAUAUAUUAAAAAAGCUGCCAAGAAAGCUGCAGAAUUCAACAGCAAUUUAAACCGAGAGCGUAUGGAAGAAAGAAGAGCCUAUUUUGAUUUACAGACACAUAUUAUCCAGGUGCCUCAAGGAAAAUACAAAAUCUUGCCUACAGAGAGAACAAAGGUUAGUCCUUACCCAGUGGCUCUCAUACCCGGCCAGUUCCAGGAAUACUACAAAAGAUACUCCCCAGAUGAACUUCGUUACUUGCCGUUAAACACAGCUCUUUAUGAACCUCCUUUGGAUCCGGAGCUGCUUACACUAGACAGUGAUGGCGAUUCAGAUGAUGCAGAGGAAGGACGAGGUGAUGAAAAAAGGAAAACCAAAGGCAAUUCGGACAAUUCGUCUGGCAAUGUAUCUGAAGGUGAUUGCGCCACAGACAACCAGGAGGAUUCUUUUCAGGGAAGACAAAAAACGAGAGACAAAAGUGCUACUCCAAGAAAAGAUGGUUCCAAACGUUCUGUAUUACCCAAAUCAGUUCCUGGGUACAAGCCAAAGGUCAUUCCAAAUGCUAUAUGUGGAAUUUGUCUGAAGGGUAAGGAGUCCAACAAGAAAGGAAAACCUGAAGCUCUUAUACAUUGCUCCCAGUGUGACAACAGUGGCCACCCUUCUUGCCUUGAUAUGACCCCGGAGCUUGUUGCUAUGAUUAAGACUUACCCUUGGCAAUGUAUGGAGUGUAAAACAUGCAUUAUAUGUGGGCAGCCUCACCAUGAAGAAGAAAUGAUGUUCUGUGAUGUAUGUGACCGUGGUUAUCACACUUUUUGUGUGGGGCUUGAUGCUAUCCCUUCAGGUCGCUGGAUUUGUGAUUGUUGUCAGAAAGACCCUCCUGUACCCAGAAGAGGAGGAAGAAGGGGGAAAAACAGCAAAGAGGGCUAAAAAAGCCCUAAAAACUUGCUGUCCAAAACUUAACUGCACAAAUUAAAG